AUGAUAGUUUAUGAGGAUCAGUUAAUGUUUAGAAUAGCAGAAUAUCUGCAAAAUAGAUGUAUUAGAAUUGUCUUAAAUAAUUCGAUUGAAAUUGUUGGCCAAUUAGACACUCUAAUACGCCCCGUUCGUAAUAUACCUAUGAUCGCACUCACUCAAAUAUAUAAAAAUAAUGAAUUAGAAUGUGGUUCUGAGCUACCUAGAAUUAAAACUUAUGGGAGUCCACCAUUAAUUUUGAUAAAUUCAAAAAUUGUAUCAAAAGACUCCGACAUAAUUACAUCUAAAGUUUUCGUACGAGGGCAUCAUAUAUGUCUAAUAUGCAAUAAUGACGCUAGAAUAAACAUUAAAAAUGAAGGUGAGAGGAUGGCAACAUUUGUAACUCAAAAUCCAGGAAAUGUGGUAAAAAAUAAGGCAUUCAUUAAGUGCCAAAGAAUAGGCUGCAAUAAUUAA